AUGACCUGUGAUAGGAAGAAUUCAAAACGUAGUGUACUUCAGACAGCUUCGAAGUUAUUUGAUCCUAUGGGAAUUGCAUCACCUUUUAUUGUUCUCAUAAAAUUAUUAAUGCAAGAAAUAUGGGAACUUGGUUUAGGAUGGGAUGAUGAGCUAUCAACUGACUUGAAGAAAAAAUGGGAUAAUUGGUGCUCUCAGAUUUAUCUGUUGAAAGAUUUGACAAUCGAAAGAAAAUAUUUCUCCAUACCAUGGAAGUUGGUGAAAGAAUUAGAACUACACAUAUUUUCUGACGCUUCUCCUAAAGCUUUCGGAGCAGUUGCGUACUUCCGUUACGUGUCAAGUGAUGAUUGUAUUUAUACAAGUUUUAUCACUGCGAAAUCUAGAAUCGCACCGCUUAAAAGGUUGACAUUACCGAGGCUUGAACUUAUGGGAGCUGUUAUUUCUUCUAGACUUUUCCAAUAUUUGAAAACAAAUUUUAAAUUUCCUGUGCCUAGGGUAUAUAUGUGGACAGAUUCCUUAAUCGCUCUUCAUUGGAUUAAAGGGAAAGCUUCAAAAUGGAAACCUUUUGUAUCGAACCGUGUAUCCGAAAUCCAGUCUAGAACUGAUCCUGCUGAUUGGAAUCACUGUAGUGGGCAGGAUAAUCCUGCAGAUUUCAUAUCUCGAGGAGCUACCGUGGAAAAGUUUAUGUCCAGUUCGAUUUGGAUGCAAGGUCCAGAAUGGCUUCGGUUGAAGAAAAGGGAUUGGCCAAAAGGCUCUAAUUAUGAAAUUUGUCUAGAGAUUUCUCCAGAAGUAUAUUGCGAAAAAAGAAGUAAACUGGAAGAAGUAUCGUCUUUUGUGUGCGAAGUGCAAUCGAAUUUGACACAUUUAAUGGAUUUGAAUAGAUAUAGUAGUUUAAGAAAAUUAUACCGUGUUACAAGUUGGAUACUACGAUUUAUAUACAACCUUAAAUUUAAAACUAAACGAUGUGGUGAACUAAGCACUGAAGAACUUAACGAGGCUGAAAUUAUCUGGACAAAAACUGUUCAAAGUGAAGCUUUUGCGGAAGAGCUGUCCUCUUUGAGACAGGGUAAAACAAUUUCUAAGACUUCCUCUAUUCUAGAACUGAAUCCCUUUCUUAAUAAUGACGGGAUAAUGCAUGUUGGUGGAAGACUUCAGAAGUCAAGACUUUCUUACCUUCAAAGACACCCAAUUAUUAUGCCCUCAAAACAUCACUUUGUGAAUUUAUUAGUGUGGGAUGCACACAGCAAAGUGUUUCACGGUGGAAUUUCUGAAACUUUGAUAGAAAUACGCGAAAGAUACUGGAUAAUUAAAGGAAGACAAACUGUUAAAAAUAUCUUAAGAAAAUGUAUUCUGUGUAAACGAUUUAAUUCUUCUCCUGGUGUGCAAGUUACUGCUCCUUUACCAGUAAAUAGAACAGAAGAAUUACCUCCUUUUUCUGUAGUAGGUAUAGAUUUCGGUGAACCACUUUAUACCAAAGACAGUGAUGAGAAAAAACUACAUCGUGUUGUUUACUUGUGGAGUAACGCGAGCUCUUCAUUUAGAGUUUGUUGGUAG